AUGUCUGACAUCGCGGGUGUUGGAUGGCAGCUCAUCUUCGCGUGGGACCCUCUGCCGUGCUACCCCAAUAACACACUGGCCAUCGGAAUCUUGCAGGGCUCGCAGCUCGGCUCGCUAUACACCCCAGACAAUGGCCUUGUUGGACCCGUCCUGCUCAAUUUGGGGGGGCGGAACGAAUCCGCCAAUUAUACUUACGUGUUCAAUGACAUUGGGAUGGUUCACGGCGACUUCUAUCAGGCUUCGCUCAUGGUGUAUAACACUACUACUGGCGUUCCGUAUGUGGUAUCCGGUAUUGACUUUACCUGGGAGACGCCCUACCCUUAUUAGAUAGUCCGUGCAUUUUUCUCAUAAAGAGGACACCUACUUGAAUAGGAGAGGACACGUAGACGAAGCAAAGCUACAUCAGUAAGCUUUGCAGUCUCUACCGUACUGGUCUUGUCUAUGUUUAGGUGGCUGCUGUAGGAGACGUUACUUUACUUCGGACUCGGACGAUGCAACAUACUCGGGUUUCUCAGUUUCUUGAA